AUGGUUUUCAUUGGCGACUUCAAUGAUGUAAUUGCACAACAUGAGAAAGUUGGUUUGCAUCCAAAACCGACUAGUCAGAAUCUGUUUAAAGCUUCAGAUAACCUUGCUAUGUCUGAAUGCAUUGGCAAAAUCCCUAUUAGAGUGACUGACAAUAUGAAUCGAGAGCUUAUGAAAGAGGUCCCUGAUCAGGAAAUUAAGGAAGCUACUUUCAGCCUUGGAAGUCCUAAGGCACCAGGUCCAGAUGGAUUAAAUGGUUUAUUUUUUCAAAAGCAUUGGGCAAUUAUCGAGAAAGAGGUUUGUGAAGCUGUUAAGAGUUUCUUUCAGGAAGGGAUCCUACCAAGUAGCAUCGGAGAUACUAUUAUAGUCUUGGUUCCUAAGGUCAAUUAUCCAGAAACUCUGAAUCAACUUCGACCGAUUAGUUGUUGUAACUUUAUAUAUAAGAUCGUUUCCAAGGUAUUGGUUAUUAGGCUUAGAAGACUAAUAGAUACGAUUAUCUCACCUAUACAGAGUGCUUUUGUGGGAGGAUGCCUCAUUCAAAAUAACAUGGUGAUAGUGCAGGAAAUGUUUCACGCUUUAAAUAAAAGAGGGCAGCAGGCUUCCAGGAACUUAGCUGUUAAGAUUGAUAUGAACAAAGCUUACAACAGGGUUGAGUGGUCAUUUCUAGAAGCUACUCUAAAAGCCUUUAGGUUUAAUCCGCACUGGGUUAAAAUGAUUAUGAGUUGUGUCUUACAGGUCACUUAUAGAAUCAAGAUCAAUGGUAUUUUGUCAAAAAGUUUUGUGCCACAGAGGGGACUAAGGCAGGGAGAUCCCCUAACGCCAUACCUGUUUAUCAUAGCAGCUGAAGUUUUCACUAUCCUUAUGGAUAAAGCUACAGAAGAGGGUAGAAUCUCUGGUGUUAGAAUUGCCCCUACCGCCCCAGCCAUUUCUCAUAUCCUCUUUGCGGAUGACUGCAUUAUUUUCUCGAAGGAUAGUGCAGAGGAGAUUUAUCAUCUCAUAACUACUAUAAAUAUGUAUACGGAAGUCUCGGGGCAGCGAAUAAAUGUUGACAAGUCUGGGAUUACGUUCGGCAAUCAGAUUCCGAUCAGAAAUAGAGUAGAAAUAGAAGAGAUAUUAGGGUUGCCUGCCUGGGAUAAACCAGGUAAGUAUCUUGGUCUUCCAGCUCAAUGGGGCAGAUCUAAGAAUGAAGCUCUGAGGUGGAUUGAGGAGCGAGUGUCUGAUAAGCUUCGAGGGUGGAAAGAAAAACUCCUUAGUCAGUCUGGGAGAGAGGUUCUCAUUAAGUCGGUUAUUCAAGUGAUACCUGCCUAUGCUAUGAAUGUUGUCCUCUUUCCUAAAGGUUUUUGUCACCGUCUCAGUAAAAAAGUGGCUAAAUUUUGGUGGGCUUCUACUGGUAAGGAUAGGGGUAUUUAUUGGAGGAUUUGGGAUAAGAUUUGUGCUAGCAAAAGGGAGGGAGGAAUUGGUUUUAAGGAUUUUUAUAGUCAAAAUAUUGCACACUUGGCAAAACAGGCAUGGAGAAUGUUUGAAUGCCCUAAUGCGGUGUGGGUUCAGGUGCUUAAGGCUGUAUAUUUUCCGAAUGAGGAUUUUAAAGUAACCAAGGCAGGCAGGGGAGCAUCUUGGAUCUGGAAAAGUAUUGUGCAAGAGAAAGUGAGAAUCCAGGAAGAUAAUUGGAUUUUGAACAAGCAGAAGAGUCCUCAGGUUAUGAAUCAUGCCGUCACUUUUGUAAAGGAGCUAAUUACUGAAGGACAGGGGUGGAAUAUUAACGAGUUAAGGAAACAUUUUGAUGGAGGUAUUAUAGGAAAGAUCAUUAGAACCCCGGUAAGUGUUAUUAGUAGAGAAGACAAGUUUAGUUGGCCUUUUAAAACAGAUGGGAAGUACACCGUUAAGACGGGAUAUCAUGUUGCCAGGAGAGAGCAGAGUAUUGGUAAUAGCAAUAGCCCAUUAACCAGUGAUGACUUCAAGGACUUAUGGAGGGACAUUUGGAAUUUAAAAGAACCAGAGUCCACUGAGCAUGCACUGCUGCUUUGCCCCUGGACAAGGGCUGCGUGGUUUGGAGCUCAAGUUCAGUGUUGUCCUACGGCUCAUACAGUCUCAUCUUUUGGAAAAUGGAUUAUGGAUCUUUUCAAAAAUAUGAAGGCGUGUACAGGAACUGAUUAUGAGCUAUGUAUUAGCAAGGUUGGUUUUUUGGCAUGGGAGGUGUGGAAAGCAAGAAAUCAUGCAGUGCAUCAGAGGUCCAAACCUAAUCCUUUAUUAGUAAUCUAUAAGGCUAAGCAAAUAGAAACAGAAUUUGCAGAAAUGGCAGAAGAACCAGCAAAAAGUUUUGUUAAUGAUAGAAGGACAGUUAGAAGGGUUACCUGGAGACCGCCACUGCCAGGGUGGAUUAAGUGCAAUGUUGAUGCAGCGUUUCUUGCAGCCCUUUCUGGAGGAGCAACAGCAGCAGUAUUCAGAGACUACGCUGGAAAUCUUCUCACAGCCUCAAACUUUAAAAUAGCGGCCACCUCGCCUUUAGUUGCGGAAGCCUUAGCGGUUAGAGUAGCACUAAUAAUAGCAAAAAACUUUCAAUUGAAAAGAAUUAUUUUUGAAUCUGACAGUUUGAUUCUCAUCCAAGCUCUAAAAUCAAAGGCAUCAAUUGCAGAAAUUCAAGUUAUUUUGGAUGACAUUUUGGAUUUAGCACGACAUAUCUCAAAUUGUGGGUUUACCUGGGUUCCUAGAGACGGGAAUGCCUUAGUGCAUGAAGUAGCCAAGCUUUCAGCCGACGGUUCUCUUCAACAGGAUUGGCUCAGGUGCAAGCCGCAAACCAUCACGAACAUUUUGAAAAGAGAGAACGACAUGUCACUGCAAAUGGUUGAAAUUUUGAGGUAUUUUGGUUAUGCAUUUUGGGACUUCCAUCCUGGGGAGACGUGGGUCCGCAUGCAUCCCAAGGUAAUGUGGCCACGAAGAUUGGUGUUCCUGAUGUGGGUCAGCUGCGGUUACAGCUUCGGCAACCUAUCGAGAUCGCAACUUGAGCUGCUGAGUGCUGGAGGGUGUUCACGGAGACGUCCUUGCUGUGGCUUCGGAUGGAAAAGCUCUGUUGUAUGCUUCAUCUUUAAGCACAUCUUUCAUCCAGGGGAGUAUCACCAAACCCUCCGCGAAGAGCCAUUGAUCUACAAAGAGCUAAUCCAUACAACAUUAAGAACUUUAAAGACUCAGGAUAUAUCAUUCUGUUGGCCAAGCGAUGUUGCACGGCAUAGAGGUUUCGAUAUUCCUUCAGGGCUUUCACAAUUUUUAGUUGCACAGCAGUUCAUGCAUCUUCUAGUUUUUGGGAUAAUGUUUUCUCGAUAG